AUGUCUGAUUCCGCCGACGCGCCGACUCUCGCGCCCAUCGCGAACCUCCUCAUCAAGCGCCACUCAGACAAGGCGCGUCUCCCGACGCGUGGCUCGCCCCUUGCGGCGGGGUACGAUAUGUAUAGCGCUGAGAAGACCGUUGUGCCCGCGCACGGGAAGGCCCUCGUCGACACGGGGAUUUCUGUCGCGGUCCCCGCGGGCACCUAUGGGCGCGUCGCGCCGAGAAGUGGGUUGGCCUCGAAAUUCAUGAUCGACACCGGUGCGGGCGUCAUCGACGCGGACUACCGCGGCAAGGUGUUCGUGCUGCUGUUCAACUACUCGGACCAGAACUUCAACAUUGAAGUCGGCGACCGGAUAGCGCAGCUCAUCCUCGAGAGGAUCGUGAAUCCGGACGUGAUGGAGGUCCAGGAUCUCGACGAGACGCUCCGCGGUGCUGGCGGAUUUGGCUCUACCGGAGGACAUACUGGCCUCGCUGCAUAG